UAUUGGACAGUUUCUUUUGUAUAUUAUAUGACUUUAUAAACUCCAACAACAAUGUGCUUCUAUUUUUUGUUUCAGGCUAAAUCUACCCAAGACGUUGGCUGUCAGACUGAUUUAGUAAUCUGCAAAAAUGCACUUGUCCAGGCUCAUGUAAAGCCUUAUCGACGUAGCAAAGCCACACAGUUUAGAGCUCCCAGCCGCAGUGUGUCUUGUGACACAGGUACCGUGACGGAAAUUCAUCUUCCACAAAGUCCCAGAGCUGCGUCCACACCCCUGAAAAGACCACGAUAUGAGGUGUCUGUUGUUGAUCCCAGCUUCCACCUCAAUGACAGUGCAAGCUCAGUGAACUGUUCAAGCUCUUUCACUGAGGUCCAUCCACAAAAGGACAAGAAGUACAUUGUUCAUGAGAAACAGUUGCUGGGGCUGUUCAGAAGGUGUCCCGUUUGUACCGGUCGUUGUGUUGUGAACACGACAACAGUCGGCACACUGCUCCGUGUGACACAACGGUGUUCAUGCUGUGAGCACUACAAUGAAUGGUCCAGUCAGCCCAUGGUGAACAGCAUCCCAGCAGGAAACCUCCAGCUCUGUGCUGCUGUCCUUUUCACAGGAUCAUCAUUUAGCCAGAUUUCUAAGUUCCUGGGUGCCUUCAAUGUGCAGGGACUGUCCAAGCAGUCAUUCUGUCGGCAUCAGGCAAAGCUGUUAAUUCCAACAGUGAGCUGGCAGUGGCAGCUAGAGCAAGCUGAUAUCAUCCAGGAGGCUACUGAAUCUGGACCUGUGACUCUUGGUGGUGACAUGCGAGCUGAUUCACCUGGACACUCAGCCAAAUAUGGCAGCUACACCAUGAUGGAUCUCAAAAGAAACAAAGUUAUUGAUAUCCAACUUGUACAGAGCAAUGAAGUUGGGAAUAGUGUGCGAAUGGAGAAGGAGGGAUUUGUGAGAAGUCUGAGCACACUUUUGGAGAGGGGGGUCGAUGUGCAGCAAGUCGUGACUGACCGCCACACAGGAGUGCAGAAGUAUUUGAGGGAGGAAAAAAAGGAAAUCAGUCACUACUUUGACCCCUGGCACAUGGGAAAAGGAAUUGGUAAGAAAAUCGAAGAGCUGGGGAAGAGAAAGACGACCCAGGAUGUGAGACUGUGGAAGCAAAGUGUGGUGAACCACCUCUACUGGUCAGCAUCCAGUUCCUCCUCAGGACAGGAGGCAGUUGCAAAGUGGACUUCAGUUGCCAACCACAUCCAAAAUGUGCACAGCCAUGACAACGCCCUGUUCCCUAGCUGUCUGCAUGCACCUCUGGAUGGAGAACAGGCAAGACAGUGGCUCAAACCAAGCACAGCAUCAUGUGAGAAGCUCACUGCCAUUCUGUUAGCUCCACGGUUUGUGAAGGACGUAGAGAAGAUAAGCCCUCAGUACCACACAUCCACCUUGGAGGCUUUCCACAGUCUCAUCAUCAGAUUUACUCCAAAAAGUCAAGUCUUCUCCUUCAAAGGAAUGCUGUCUAGAUUACAAAUUGCUGCAAUGCACUAUAAUGAAAAUGCAGCACGCUCACAUGCAGCAACAGCAACUGGUGAGCUGAGAUAUGCUGUAGUGUACCCAAAGUACAAACGUGGAGACUACACAGUGAGAGCCCUGAAGACCAAUCCAACCUCAUUAUAUGUGCACAAGCUUAUGGACCUGCUGUUCGACUCUGUGGUGGUGGAUCCUCUCCCAUAUCAGGAGUACUCGGACAAAAUUCCGGUUCCAGAACCGCUCUGUGCCCAGUUCCAAAGACCAGAUAAACGGGAUGCUGUGAGCAGGCACAGGUCCAGGUUUUAA